CCACGCUCAUCUCUGGUUUAGCAUACGGUCACACUGAAACACUGCAAAUAUUUUACAAAAACGAAUUUAUUGCAAUUUUAAGCUACAUGCAACAAAAUUACACUGCAAAUGUCGACGGCCAUUUUUUGCUAGCUUAGACGUUAGACUUGGAAAGCGGCAAAGGCAUUGGAACUGCUCCCAAUUUCAUUAAACAGCAGCAUUCAUAACGCUCACACACACACACACGUACGCACGCACCCAAUCCUGGCCACCUGACACGCGCAGACACAGGCAGAGAGUCAGGGCAAGAUGUCAGAAAAGAACCUCAAGGUGGGCGCCCGGGUCGAACUGACCGGCAAGGAUAUGUUCGGCACGGUGGCCUACGUUGGCAUGACCAGCUUCGCCGUCGGCAAGUGGGUUGGUGUCGUGCUAGACGAGCCGAAGGGCAAGAACAGCGGCUCCAUCAAGGGCCAGCAGUACUUCCAGUGCGACGAGAACUGCGGCAUGUUUGUGCGGCCCACGCAGUUGCGUUUGGUGUCCCCUGCGCCCGGCGAUUCGGGCGGCAAGCGUAGCACUGAAGAUGUCAGCGGUGUGACGCCCACGGCCCAACCCACAAAGGCACGGCUGAGCAGCUCACGCACCUCACUCUCAUCCAGUCGGCAGUCAUUGGUAGGCUCACGCACCCAACUCACCGCGUCCCUGAGCGAGCGGACUGGCUCGAGCAGUAGCAUUGGUGACCCACGCAAGACUCUGGCCCCGCAGAACAGCAAGGACAGGGAGUCGUCCAGCACUUCACUGGCGGAGACAGCGGCAGCGGGGGGUGGCAACGGCUCGCAUGCCUCCUCCAAGCGGGCCUCGUUCGUGGAGACGGGCUUCCUGGAGAUUCUGAAGCCGCAGUUCACGCCCUCCCAGCCGAUGCGUUCGCCAUCGUUCACGACCCUGCCCAACCCGGGCGUCGGAUCGACGUCAGAGGACAAAGUAGCACUGCUGGAGUCGCAGAAAACGAGUGCGGAACUACAGACGCAGCUGGCCGAUCUCACAGAGAAGUUGGAGACGCUCAAGCAGCGCCGCAACGAAGAUAAGGAGCGAAUGCGCGAGUUCGACAAGAUGAAGAUCCAGUUCGAGCAGCUGCAGGAGUUCCGCACCAAGAUCAUGGCCGCCCAGGCCUCGCUGCAGAAGGAGCUGCAGCGGGCCAAGCAGGAGACCAAAGACGCCAUCGAGGCCAAGGAGCAGCACGCCCAGGAAAUGGCCGAGCUCUCCGACAGCGUCGAGAUGAUCACCCUGGACAAGGAAAUGGCCGAGGAAAAGGCAGACACCCUCCAGCUUGAGCUGGAGUCCUCCAAAGAGCGCAUCGAGGAGCUACAGGUGGACCUCGAGCUGCUACGCUCCGAGAUGCAAAACAAGGCGGAGAGCACCAUCGGUAACAUGGCCGCCGAUGGCACCACCUCCACCGGCGGCGGCCUCUCCACCUACGAGUUCAAGCAGAUGGAGCAGCAGAAUAUUCGCCUCAAGGAUACGCUGGUCCGCCUGAGGGACCUGUCGGCCCACGACAAGCACGACAUACAGAAGCUCAGCAAGGAGCUGGAGAUGAAGCGCUCGGAGGUGGCCGAACUGGAGCGCACCAAGGAGAAGCUGAGCGGAAAGAUCGAUGAACUGGAGGCCACAGUCGCCGACUUGCAGGAACAAGUCGAUGCUGCACUUGGUGCCGAGGAAAUGGUGGAGCAGCUGGCAGAGAAGAAAAUGGAACUGGAGGACAAGAUGAAGCUGCUGGAGGAGGAGAUUAGCCAACUGGAGGCCCUGGAGGAGGUGCACGAGCAGCUGGUGGAGAGCAACCAUGAGCUGGAGCUAGAUUUGCGCGAAGAGCUGGACCUGGCCAAUGCUGCCAAGAAGGAUGUGCUCAGGGAGCGUGAUGCGGCCAUUGAGACCAUCUACGAUCGCGAUCAGACCAUCACCAAGUUCCGGGAGCUCGUCCAGAAGCUGAACGAGCAGCUGACCGAGCUGCGCGAGCGGACGUCCAGCAAUGAUGACAAGUCGCUGCAGGAUCCCAGUCUCAAGCUGGCCCCCGAGACCAUCGACUACAAGCAAAUGUUCGCCGAAUCCAAGGCCUACACGCGAGCCAUCGAUGUCCAGCUGCGCCAGAUCGAGCUCAGUCAGGCCAACGAGCAUGUGCACAUGCUGACGGCCUUUAUGCCCGAGUCGUUCAUGAAUCGUGGCGGCGACCACGACUCCAUUCUGGUCAUCCUGCUCAUCUCCCGGAUCGUGUUCAAGUGCGGCAUUGUGGUGUCGCAGACGCGUGAGCGUUUCCCCGCCGUGGAGGCGGUCACGCGGGAGGCUGUCACCCAGGGCCAUGCCGUGCAACAGUACACCUUCAAGUGCCGCCUGAUGCACUACAUCCACAAUCUGCAGUGCGCCCUGCACCAGAUCCUGUACGGACUGAACAGCUGCCAGCCGGACACGCUGCUGCGGGCGGGCAGCUCUCUGCCGGAGAUGGUGGCGCAGGAGAAGAUCGUCGACGGCAUCAUCGAGCUGCUCAAGUCCAACCAGCUGGACGAGAACAGCACCACGGACAACAUCGAGAAGUGUGUGGCCUUCUUCAAUGCCAUGAACUCGGUGCUGCUGGCCGGCGAGCAGCUGCUCAACGAGAUCCAGAUGAUCCGCGACUGCGUGGCCUCGCUGGGAGCCGCCUGCGAGAGCAUUCUCAAUGACACGGCCAUUGCCAAGGUGAUCAUCCAGGAGGCGGGCGCCACCAGCGACUCCAUGCUGCUGAUUCAGUACCUCAACGAGCAGAUGGAGAGCAUCAGGCAGCAGGUGAAGCUGAUCAAGCGACGCCUGCCCAGCGACCAGCACGUGAUCAAGUGCGGCCUCUCCCAGCACAAGGUGGAUGCGAUGCGCGCCCUUGCCCAGAACAUCAGCCGCAUCAUGUCCGCCAUGCACCUGGCCACCCGGCAGUCCCUGGCCGCCAUUGUGGCCAACAUUGAGAGCGACAAUGCGGCGGAGCAUACGCUGCCACAGGACAAGUACUGGUCCCUUCUCUCCGCCUCCUGCGAGCGCAUCUACGAGCAGGAAGAUCGCGGACCCACACACAACUUCAAGACGCUGCUGGCGCAGGCCAACACGGAUCUGCAGCACAUUGCCCAGCACCUGCUGGACAAGGAGUACGAGAUUAUUACGGCAGCCAACACCAGCGGUAGCGGCAGCGUACCGCAGCGUCCUACUGGGGCCCAGAGCACGCCCAUCAUCCAGCGAGCGCAGCUGAUCAAGAAACAGCUGGAGCAGAAGAACGUGCUGUCUGCCACGUUGGAGAACCGCGAGGCAGACAUCAAGAAGCUGAAGCUGACCGUCAAGUUGAAACAGAACGAGCUCAGCGAGAUGCAGAUACGCAAAGAUGUCGCAGAGAAGAAGCUGAGCGUGCUGCAGAACGAGUACGAGCACGCGGUGGACAAGUGGAAGCAGCAGUACGAUGAGACGCGCCAGCAACUGUCGCUGAAGGAGAAGGAGUUCGAGGAGACCAUGGAUCAUCUGCAGAGCGACAUCGAUGCCUUGGAGAGCGAGAAGAGCGACCUGCGGGACAAGCUCAAGCUGAACACCAGCACCGGCAAGAAUCAAUCUUCCGACUCGCAUUCCCAGCACAGUCUGUCCACAGCCGCCUCUGCGGGCCCCGGCAGCGCCAAUGUCAGCUACUCCACACCGGCGGGCACCGCUCCAGCGGUCGCCGAGGAGGUGCAGCUGCUCAAGUGCGCCUUCACCAACGAGCGGAACGAGCGUCUGCGCUUGCAAGCACAGGAUAUGCGUGUGAAACUCUCACAGUUCGAGCCCAUCUAUGUGCCCCAGCCACAGGAUCAGCGCAUCAAUGCCCUGGAGUCGGAGCUGACGAGGAUGAAGCAUGCUUGGGUGCUGUCGCUGCUGCAGGUGCGCUCCAAGGAUGCCGUCUCCGUUGGCAACCUCAACACGGUGGCCCUUCAGCGUCGCCAUCAGCCGUUGCCGCCCAAGGGCGAGAUCAGCUCGAAGGCGUCCCAGCUGGCCUCCGACAUCCUCACAGAGUACCUGCAGAGGAAGCCCCAUCGGGCAGUGAGUGGCCAGUUUGCGUCCUUUCCCACCGUCGAUGUGAAGCAAGUUUUGCAGAUUUGAGACGCCAAAAGAAUGGGUAACGGAUGCGGGAACGGUAAUGGGGCCAGGGGCAAUCGGAAUAGAAUAGAAUUGUAUUUGUAUUGCUAGCACAAAUUUGGUUGGGGGAUCCUAACUCAAAGCUUCAGCCCAAGCUUCAUUCACCCUUUUGAAUUCCCAUCCCAACGAUAGCCCCAAGACUCCCCUCUCUGCACAUGUGAUGGCACCCCAAACAAAAUGGUUUAAAACGCAACUGAAACUGAAAAUUGUAAUUCUACUCUUAAUAAUUUAUGUUUUUUGUAUAAAGAUAAACCAAAAGCUAAAAAAGAUUAUAUACUUUAAAUAACAAUACCCAAGUGUAUAAACCUGUCCGGGUUUAUCCCUUAACAAAAUAUCUGUUUCUGAAAACUAACCUCAGGCGAACUAAUACCUGUAUUACCUAGGGAUUCCACUAUGAAGGGAGCUACGAGUACAUAUGCAUGUGAAAGACACAAAGAAAAAAGAGCAGAGAUUAUUUGCGUGAAAGUGAUCAAUAAAUAAUUAUAUAUAUUUCAAGUAUAAAUAUAUUUUGCUGAUUGUUGUAUAAACAAAUA